AUGAAUAAAAAGAGUGAAGAGUCGUUCACGAUAUCAGAUUAUGAUGAUGUAGAUGAAAGUGCUGAAAAACGGUAUUUUGACACUCUCGGUGGUGCUUUUGUUCAUAGUUUUAAACGAAAUUCAAAUCCCUCUAAAAAUAAACAAUUUUUUGAAAAAUUAAAGAACUUAUUGAAAGUAUCUAAAGAAUCUAGUCAUAAAAGAGCCUUAGAUGACUUAGGUGGCAUUAAUGUACACAGUUUCAAGCGCGGUUUGGACGAUCUAGGUGGUGUAAACGUACAUGGCUUUAAGCGCGGCUUGGAUGAUCUUGGUGGUGUGAACGUUCAUGGGUUCAAGCGCGGUUUGGACGAUCUAGGUGGUGUAAACGUUCAUGGGUUCAAGCGCAGUUUGGAUGAUCUAGGAGGUAUAAACGUUCAUGGAUUCAAGCGAGGCCUGGACGAUCUAGGUGGUGUUAAUGUGCAUGGCUUUAAGCGGGGUUUGGACGAUCUAGGUGGUGUAAACGUUCAUGGGUUCAAGCGAGGUCUGGACGAUCUAGGUGGUGUAAACGUUCAUGGAUUCAAGCGCGGUUUGGACGAUCUAGGUGGUGUAAACGUUCAUGGGUUCAAGCGCGGUUUGGACGAUCUAGGUGGUGUAAACGUUCAUGGGUUCAAGCGAGGCCUGGACGAUCUAGGUGGUGUAAACGUUCAUGGGUUCAAGCGCGGUUUGGACGAUCUAGGUGGCGUAAACGUUCAUGGGUUCAAGCGCGGUUUGGAUGAUCUAGGUGGUGUAAACGUUCAUGGGUUCAAGCGCGGUUUGGACGAUCUAGGUGGCGUAAACGUUCAUGGGUUCAAGCGCGGUUUGGACGAUCUAGGUGGCGUAAACGUUCAUGGGUUCAAGCGCAGUUUGGACGAUCUAGGUGGUGUAAACGUUCAUGGAUUCAAGCGCGGUUUGGAUGAUCUAGGUGGUGUAAACGUUCAUGGGUUCAAGCGAGGCCUGGACGAUCUAGGUGGUGUAAACGUUCAUGGGUUCAAGCGAGGACUAGAUGACCUAGGAGGAGUGAAUGUACAUGGCUUUAAACGCGGUUUGGAUGAUCUUGGUGGGGUAAACGUGCAUGGAUUUAAACGAAGUUUUGAUGGUCUUGGUGGAAUGAACGUACAUGGUUUUAAACGCGGGUUUGGAAUUAACGUUCACCGAUUCAAACGCGGGCUAGAUGAUCUUGGUGGUAUACAUGUCCACAGUUUUAAACGUAACUUUGACGACCUAGGAGGAAUGAAUAUACAUGGUUACAAAAGAGCUUUGCGUGAUCUAAAUACAAUACAAGCAGAUGAUUUCAAGCGCAAAUUAAAUAGUCAUGGAGGAAUGAACGUCCAUGGAAACAAAAGAGGUUUCGACGAUCUUGGGGGAAUAGAUGUGCAUAGUUUCAAAAGAGAAGCAGGAGAUCUUGAUGAGACUGAAAGCAACCAUGUUCAACAUAUUGAAAACAAUGCAUCGACGAACAAAAGAUGA